CCCCCACACCUCUCCCUCGUCGAACCGAUCCAUCCGUCUCCUGCUCCCGCCGCUCUUCACACGGCUAACGCCUGCUUGGCUGCGAGACAAACCGAACCUUUUGCUCUUGCACCGCCUGCUAGCGAACUACGUGUGCUCCCGUGAUCGAUGGGGCGGGCGCCGUGCUGCGAGAAGAGCGGGCUGAAGAAGGGGCCGUGGACGCCCGAGGAGGACGAGAAGCUCAUCGCCUACAUCAAGGAGCACGGCCAGGGCAACUGGCGCACGCUCCCCAAGAAUGCCGGGCUCUCGAGGUGCGGGAAGAGCUGCCGGCUGCGGUGGACGAACUACCUUAGGCCGGACAUCAAGCGUGGUCGCUUCUCCUUCGAGGAGGAGGAGGCCAUCAUCCAGCUCCACAGCAUCCUCGGCAACAAGUGGUCAGCGAUCGCGGCGCGGCUGCCGGGCCGGACGGACAACGAGAUCAAGAACUACUGGAACACGCACAUCCGCAAGCGCCUCCUCCGCAUGGGCAUAGACCCCGUGACCCACGCGCCGCGUCUCGACCUCCUCGAUCUCACCUCCCUCCUCAAGCCCGCCGCCGCCGCCGCGUACUACCCCACGCAGGCCGACCUCGACACGCUCCGCGCGCUCGAGCCGCUCGCCGGCUACCCGGACCUGCUCCGCCUCGCCUCCGCCAUCCUCCCCGCCGCCACGACGACCGGCGCAGCCGCCGCCGCCGCCGCCGAGCAGGCGCAGCUUCUCCUGCCGUGGCUGCUUCAGGCGCAGAUGGCGCAGCAGCAACAGCAGGUGACGCCGCCGCCGCCGCCGCCGCCGCAGGCCGCGGCGACCGAACAGUUCUUGCAGGCCACCAGCACCGCCUGCCACCAAAUGCCAGGCCUGGUUCACGCCAGCCCGACGCAGCAGCUGGCGCAGCAACCGCAGGAUCACAUGGCGGCGGCGACCUGCCACCGCCGCGGCGCCGUGCAGCACCCGAGCUACGACAACCAGCUCGACUACGUGCCGGCGCUGAUGCAGAUGGCGUCCGACGCGUCCAACCUGCAGCAGUGGAGCAGCACGGUCUCGAGUAGCAACAACCACAACGUCAACUCCGGCGUGUCCACGCCGUCGUCGAGCCCAGCAGCCGCCGGACAGAUCAACUCAUCCUCUACGACGACGACGACGACGUAUGGCUUGAACGCGAGCGGUGACGUCGACGACGCUGGGCUGCUCAUCAACAUGCACCUAUCCGAGCUCCUCGACGUGAGCGACUACAUGUAAUAAGAUUCUUCCUUGCGUGGAAACAGAGCCGAAUCGAACACUCCACGCCAUGUACCAAAGGGGCAAAACAUGAUCAUCACAAGAGGCAAUUUUUGUACAGGAUUGUACCAUCAUUUCUAUCCAGUUCUUGGUUAUCAUUAGAAGCUUCUCAUGAUUUUUUUUUCAAAUAAUUACUUUAUUACUAUUCUGAUCA